AUGACUCGUUUUGCAACUGAUUCUAUUCAUGGAGGUGAUCACCUCAAGCGUGUUAGUGAUGUUAUUACCCCAAUUCAUAUCACCACCACUUAUAGUUAUUCCAAUAAUCCUGAUGAAUUAAAUCCUGGUGGUUUGACUGAUCCAAAUUUUUUAAUUUAUUCACGUGCAAAUCAUCCAAAUGCAGCUCAAGUUGAAGCAAUUGUUGAAAAAAUCACUGGAUAUCCUGCUGUUGUAUACAAUUCAGGUUUAGGAGCAUUCAAUGGAUUAAUUACUUAUGUUAAUCCUAAAGCAAUGGCAUUUGGACAAAUUUAUCAUGGUGUUCAUGGAAUUGCUGAUAUUUGGACAAGAAAUUUUGGAUUGAAACAAAUUGGAUUAGAUGAUGAUUAUGAUGAAUUACAAAAAGGAGAUUUGGUUCAUUUAGAAACCCCAGUUAAUCCAUAUGGUACCAAUUUAGAUAUUUUGAAAUAUGCAGAAAAGGCUCAUGCUAAAGGUGCAUUGUUAUCUGUUGAUGCUACAUUUGCUCCACCACCAUUGAUGAAUGCAUUUGAUUUUGGUGCUGAUAUUGUUAUGCAUUCUGCUACUAAAUUCUUUGGUGGUCAUAGUGAUUUGUUAGCUGGGAUUUUGUUGGUUAAAUCACAAGAAAUUAAAAAGAAAUUAUUAGUUGAUAGAUUGGUGUUGGGAACAAAUAUUGGAAAUUUGGAAAGUGCUUUAUUGGUUAGAAGUUUAAGAACUUUUGAAUUGCGUGUCCAAAGACAAUCUUCAUCUGCUGAAUUUAUUGUGAAAUACCUCUCUGAAAAUAAAGAUAAAUUCCCAGACUUGGAAACCAUCCACCAUGGUUUGUUGCAAGAUGAUGAAUACAUCAAGAAACAGAUGCCAAAUGGUCAAUCACCAGUUUUUGCAAUUGAGUUGGUUUCAGAAGAUAAAGCAAAAAGAUUACCUUCUAAAUUAAAAAUCUUCCAUCAUGCUACCAGUUUGGGAGGAGCUGAAAGUUUAAUUGAAUGGAGAGCCAUGACUGAUGAUGAGAUUAGUAAAAAAUUAUUGCGUAUAUCAAUUGGUUUGGAAGAUCCUCGAGAUUUAUUGGCUGACCUUGUCCAAGGCUUAGGUGGAGAUAUGGAUUUAGUAGCUGAGAUUGAAAAUUUAAAAAUUUAG